AUGAUGUUUCGUUUUAUUCCAAGAAGUGUCCAAAGAAGCACACACAGAUCGGUGGUCAAUAAGAGGUUCUCGUCUAUCAUUGCAGUCCACAGAGAUACCAAGGAUGACAACAAAAAUAUGAGUUUUGAGUUCAACUCCGAAAAUAUCAAAAGGGCCAAUGAAGUUAUUGCCAAAUACCCACCUCAAUAUAAAAAGGCGGCUGUUAUGCCAUUAUUGGACUUAGGACAGCGUCAAUCCGGGUUCACAUCGAUUGCGGUGAUGAACUACGUCGCCAAGUACUUGGACAUGCCACCAAUGAGAGUGUACGAAGUUGCAACUUUCUACACCAUGUACAACAGAAAACCAAUGGGUAAAUACAACAUCCAGGUGUGUACCACUACCCCAUGUCAAUUAUGUGGUUCUGACGAAGUCAUGGAUGCCAUCACGUCGCACUUGAAGAUUAAGCCAGGCCAGACCACCCCAGACAUGUUAUUCACUUUACAGGAAGUUGAGUGUUUGGGUGCGUGUGUCAACGCCCCAAUGUUGGCUCUUAACGACGACUACCAUGAAGAUUUGACCGCAGAAAAGACGGUGGAUCUUUUGAAGUCAUUACAAGCCGGCAAGGAACCCAAGUCGGGCCCUGUCUCCGGCAGAGACACCUGUGAGCCAUUUUCGGGUGCAAAGGUCUUGUUGGGCGACAAGCCAUUCGAUGUCAGUACAGUAACCAGAUCUGACUUAUAG